AUGAAUGUUUUUUAUUUUGUAUUGGACAAAAUCAGUGUACAAAUUGAACAACGUUUUUCGGGAAUGCAAACCGUGAAAAACCUUUUUUGCUUCUUAGAACCUAAAAACAUAAUAAAUUUGCCUGAUACAGAUAUCUUAGAAAUGUGUGAAAAUGUUUCCAAAAAAUAUUCGAAAGUUAUCUCUCCUCUUUUUGGUAAUCAAUUUCUGCAAGCAGUUUCAUUGUUGAAAACAGACUUAACUUCAAAAAUGUCGAUUAAGCAAUUUUCAGAUUUACUCCUCACUAAGUACAGUUGCUUAGAAAGUAAGUUUUCAGAAAUAUAUACAGUUCUAAUGUUGUUCUUUACCCUACCAGUAACUGUGGCUAGCGUUGAAAGAUCUUUUAGCAAAUUAAAAAUAAUAAAGGACUAUAAAAGAAAUUCUAUUGGUCAGAGUAGGUUAAAAGAACUAGCGAUACUAGCUAUUGAACACAAAGAAGCAGCACAAAUGGAUCUUAAAGAAUUAAUAUGCAGUUUUGCAAAUGCAAAAGCUAGAAGGAAAAAUUUUAAAUAA